GCAUGAAACUACAACUGGAAGGAAGGCUGGAACUGUGACUGGCCCAGACAAUGGAAAGGGGAUAUGGACACAAUGGGCAGCAGAACAAGGUAUCCCUGGCAGAUCUGCAGUGGUUUUUUGCAAAGUCAAAGGUCUCUAUUAGCCUGGCAGUUACCGAAUGUUUUUCGUUUCUGAAUGACUUAAAGGAAUCAGGUAUCCUCUCUGAAGAGGAGUCACUGGAGCUGCAGGCAGAUGCGAGGUCUGUCAGUCGAUGUGUAUAUCAAUGUCUAUGCUGCAUAGAAGAAAAAAGCUUCCCAUUACAAAAUCUCUUCGAGCACCUAUUCCAGAAACCCAACCUAAAGAAAUAUCCAGCUCUAAAACCCAUUUCUAAAGAAUACAGAGAAGGAAGAUACAGGAAUAGGGUCCAGGUCACGGCGGACAUAGAUAAGGACAGCAUUAUAUUUGCUCAGGAUAAAGUGAAGAUUUGUUUGGCAAUAACAGAUCUCUUCCCAUUUGUACACGGACUGCAGGAUCUUACUGUUCUAUCUGAAAGAGAAUCACUGAAGCUGCAGGCCGAUGGGAGGCCGGUGUCACGAGUCAUAUACGAGUGCCUGUCUCUGAUUGAGAAGAAGGAUAUGAAGUUGAGCAUUGUCUUUGAAUAUAUAUUCCAGGAAUGUUACCUGAAGUUAUACCCGGGCCUCAAGGAAAUAUUACAAGAGCCAUGCGAAGAACAAGCGGAACUGUUUACUGGAUGGAAAUCGUGUUCUGAAUACAGGCGGAACCUUUUACAGAUCACCAAAACUGGCAUCUGUCAAGCUAUAAAUGAACAGUUUCCAUUCCUAUAUGGCCUGCAUGACAUAGGACUGCUAUCGAGGAUACAAUUACUGAAGCUGCAGGCUGACAAGAGUCCCACAAAGGAUGUGUUGUACAAAGCUCUGUGUCUCAUUGAGCAGAGGAAUGACAUAGAAGCCUUGUGUGCCUAUGCGUUUUGUCAGUUCUACCUCAACCUAUUUCCCCAUCUCAGGGUCAUCCUGCAGAUACAUGGAGGGACACCGGAAGUCUUUAACCUUUGGGCUAUACUGACGCAUACAGAAGGAUUGGACACUGGCAAACCAAAAUACAUGAAGGCUAGCCGUCUGUCUGAGCCACCUAUAGAUUGUGGAAUGGGAAACUGGUGCACAGAUGGCCCAGAAAGAUGGCUCUCGAAGGCCAUUCAGAUCAAGAGCUUUCUACACAAAGGUUCUGCAGUCUAG